AUGAACAUAUUUCGGUUUUUCGGAGAUCUAAGCCAUCUCGCGAGCAUUUUCAUCCUCCUCUACUCCAUAGAGCUCCACAAAUCAACAAAAGGGUUGUCAUUGAAAACCCAAUCUUUGUAUGCGCUCGUAUUUGUCACUCGUUAUAUGGACCUUUUCACCCACUAUGUAUCGUUGUACAAUUUGUUGAUGAAAAUCUUCUUUCUUGGUUCCAGUGUGUACACCGUGUACGUUAUGGCUGGAAAGUACCGAAAGCAAACCGAAUUGACCGUAGAUACAUUUCCAGUGCGGUAUUUGGUGGGAGGAGCAUUUGUGGGGUCGUUGGUUUUGACAUACAAAUACACCUUUAGUGAAAUUAGGUGGUCGUUUUCGUUGUGGUUGGAAGCUGUGGCCAUUCUUCCCCAGUUGUACAUACUCCAAAGAACCGGUGAGGCCGAAAAUAUCACCUCUCAUUACAUCUUCGCAUUGGGGUUAUACCGGGCACUCUACAUUCCCAACUGGAUAUACCGUUAUUUCGCCGACGACAAGUUCGAUUACAUCUCAUUCUUGGCCGGGUUGUUACAAACUGCGGUAUACUCAGACUUCUUUUAUAUCUACUACACCCGGGUGAUGCAGGGAAAGAAGUUCCAGUUGCCAGUAUAG